CUAGGGUACAAUGGCUCGCUACCCAAUGGAGACCGGGGGAGACGGAAAAGCAGAUUUGCCCUGUACAAGAGGACCAAAGCCAACGGGGUUAAGCCAAGCACAGUGCACAUCCUCAACACACCGCAGGCCUCCAAGGCUGUUAACAGUAAAGGCCAGCACAGCAUCUCCUACACACUGUCCAGGAACCAGACAGUAGUUGUGGAGUACAGCCAUGACAAAGACACAGACAUGUUUCAGAUUGGACGCUCCACAGAGAGCCCCAUAGACUUUGUGGUGACCGACACUGUAGCAGGAGGCCAGGAGGGUGAGGAGACCCCCAUCACUCAGAGCACCAUCUCUCGCUUUGCCUGUCGCGUGGUCUGUGAGCGCAACCCCCCCUACACCGCGCGCAUCUAUGCCGCUGGCUUUGACUCCUCCAAAAACAUUUUCCGGGGUAAUUACUAGUUAGAAAAAGCUGCAAAAUGGAAGAACCCUGAUGGUCACAUGGAUGGCCUGACAACCAACGGUGUGCUAGUUAUGCACCCGAAAGGUGGUUUCACAGAAGACUCUAAGCCCGGCGUCUGGAGAGAGAUCUCAGUGUGUGGAGAUGUUUAUACUCUGAGGGAGACCAGAUCAGCACAAACCCCCGGGAAGCUGGUGGAACAUGAGAGUAACAUCCUUCAGGAUGGCUCCCUGGUGGACCUGUGUGGAGCUACACUCCUCUGGCGCACAGCAGAAGGCCUCUUUCACACUCCCACACAGAAACACUUGGAGGCUUUGAGACAGGAGAUCAAUGCGGCGCGUCCCCAGUGCCCCGUUGGGCUCAACACCUUGGCCUUCCCGAGCAUGCAGCGCAGCCGUGCACUCUCCUGUCUGGAGGACAAGCAGCCCUGGGUCUACCUGGCCUGUGGCCACGUUCACGGCUACCACAACUGGGGCCACCGCUCAGAGCAGGAGCCCAACACCCAGCGGGAGUGCCCCAUGUGUCGUAUGGUGGGGCCCUAUGUGCCGCUGUGGCUGGGCUGUGAGCCUGCCUUCUACGUGGACACGGGAGCCCCCACACACGCCUUUGUGCCCUGUGGACACGUGUGCUCAGAGAAGUCGGUCAAGUACUGGUCUGAAAUCCCUCUGCCUCAUGGAACCCACGCCUUCCACGCAGCCUGCCCCUUCUGUGCCACCCAGCUCAGCCUCCCUCAGGGCUGCUCCAAGCUAAUCUUCCAGGGCCCUGUGGACUGAGGCCUGCUCUGGCUCAAGGACUUAAGACAAGUGCCAACAUGCUGUGAAACUCUUUAGAAUAUUUAGUGCUUUCUAUUGUUUGUGUAAGCCAGGCAGUGGAAAGACUGUCUCAAGUUCGGGUCAUAUACUGUGGAUCAUGCACAACAGAGCCAUUAGACUGUGACUGGGUGAAAGGCCGCUGUGGGAUCCAGACAAGUGGAGUACACUGGACCAUGAUGCCUGGCUCAUUUAUAAUGAAAUACUGUUUCAUCUCCGGCCGACCAAUCACUUGGAACAGCGCUGGUUAAACUACAUUUACUGCUGGUUUUCAAUCAGAGUGCCAGAUUACAGUGGUGGUACAGAGGGAGCAGUGAGCAGGUGUAGUUCUGCUUUAAAAGGUGAAAACGUGGCCAUGGCUUUAUAGUGGAGUUCCCGGUGAGUGUGACACUAGUUAAGUUUAUACAGAGCCUGACAGCUGGACUGUUGGCUGUAACAAAAGCCAGGAGACGAGGAGCUCAUGGCUUCAUCCCUCAAACUCACCCAUGGAUCCAAAGUACAAAACAAGGAGGACUCAUGUACAGAGAUUUAACCAGUGCCUCAAUCUUUUCUAAUAUUACAGAGAUAUUGUUGAAGGCAGAUAGAUUUUCAUAUUGAUGACACAAGGAACACAAAGAUUCUCCGCAUUUUUACCAGACAGAGGAGCUGUUACUAAACGGAGGCCCUUGUACUGUUUUGUAAUGCAAAUGUUAAUAUAUAUUUUUCUGCAUAAAUAAUUUGCGUGAAUGUUUAAAUGUGUGGGUUUGACUGAGUGGGCGCCCAACAUCAUUUCACAACAAUAUAUGCUCUCAUCCAAUCCCCAACUGACAAAGACACAAUACAGGGCUUCAUUGUGAGUAUCCUGAAAUACUGUAGAUGUUCCUACAGAUGGCGCUUGUUUCCAUGCGCCCCCUGUCUAUGCACAUAUAACUAUCAGAACCCCCACCCCAUUCCCACGUACUGUAUUCAAUCUGCACUGUUGUUAGCUUUAUCACAUGCUGGGGCUAAUCCAAUGGCAAACCUGGGCUCUGUCUCACCAGCUUCCCAAGAUUAUACCAAAUAUAAAAAUGACUUUUUCGUCCCUAUUCAAGAUGCAACAGCCACCUUUUUCUGAUUCAAAGUGUCUUCCUGUAAACAAUCUUGAACCCAACUGCUGCUACAGUGGAACGAUGACAGCUCCGGAUUACCGUCCAGGCUGUAAGGAUGCACAACCCAGCUCCAUGGGAAUAAUAUUAUUAUCACAUGCUAUGCCAAGAUGGGUGGAUUCAAUUGUGUGAGAAUGAGUGGAGUUGUCCAGAAAAUAUAGAGUUGAAUAGAAAGUGUGUCAAAGAAUCUGGGACUGAUCACAGCAUUCUUAUCAGGCUAGCACACAACAUGGGUUUGUGACAGCACUGGUUUGCAUUAGCAUAAUUUUAAAGUUUGGAUUGUUUGAUUGGACUACGUUUUCAGGAGAGGUCAUCUAUGGGUAAAGAUAGAGAUGUUUACUUUAUGGUAUAGAAGCCAUGUGAAUGUUGGACUUUGUAAAAAACAAAACAUUGUACCAUCAAAUACAAGGCCAAAGAUACUAAAAGAUACCAAAAGCGACUUAAAGUACAUUUUUAAAGUACAUUUUAAAUAGAGCUGUUAAUAUGGACAGUACCUGGAGGACAAGAAAAUGGAACAGUAAUUGGUCUAACAGGUAUCAACAUGUCAAACCUCGCCCAUGCAGCCACGCGUUUGUAAUCGAGGAAGUCCUGAGUGAUGUCAUGUAGUACUUGACAUCGCAGUGGCUCACUCAGUUUUUUACUAGAAAGCUGUUUUACCUAGUUGGCAUUAAAAUGGAAAAAAGGACUAGGAACCAUACACAAUACAAAUAAACAUGACAUACAGAGUUAAAAAAAAAAAAAAAAAGAAGUAUUUAGUUCCACUUUAAGCCUCGUCAGGAGCAAAGUAGAAGCUGAAGCGCCCUUAUUUUUAUAAAAUGUUGAUCCCAAGAUUCAGCUGUCACUACAGAUCUGCCCUCUGUGUGGUUUCUGAAGCAUUAAUAUGUUUGUUAUGGAGUCAAAAUCUUUCAAAAGGACUACAAUAAAGCAUUAAAGAUCUUAACUAUAACUAAAUGGUAUAGUUUAGUUAGGAGUGUGAUUUUUUAUUUUUUUUUUUUUGAUGUAGUGUGCUGUUCAGGUGCACGGCCACAUUGUCCUGUAGCAUUCCCUCUUGAACACUGUGUUGCUUGAGACAGCUCUAGAACAGCUGCCGGAGGAGCUGCCUGUCUAACAUUCCUCUUUGGUAAACAUGGGUGGGGCCCUCCGCUCACUUUAGGCCUUGUUCUAUGAUUCUGUCUCGUUCAGGAACUCUGUACUCAAGCCAUAGAACUCACUGAUGCUCCCGAUGUCUCCUUUGCAAAGAAAUAAAGUAUUUUUAAAAGUA